CUUUCUCUCUCUGUCUCUGUUUCUGUCUGUCUGUCUUUAUCUCAGACAGUGCGUCGGGGCGACAGCUCUUCACCUCUCUCGGAUAAAUGGACACAACUUGAGCCUCUGGGAUUUAUGGUGAAACAGCCCAUUUCGUGAUUUCAGAAAAAAAAAGCUAGAAAACAUCAGAAACAACAGGAUACCACUCCCCGGCAGAUUUUAAUUUCCCUUUCAACUCUUUGGACAACUUUUCCGCCACCGCUCAGGGUGUGAGAGAUGGAAAACGGAAAACCCGAUGAUGUGGAGGCGCUGUGGGAAAAGGUGGAGUGCAAACGUUACGAACUGUGUCGCAUCAUCUCGCCGGCGAAGCUCACCCCUUACCUCCGCCAGUGCAAAGUCCUGGACGAACAGGACGAGGAUGAAAUCCUCAACUCCAUGCUGCUGGUCAACAAAGCAAACCGCACAAGCCGUCUACUUGACAUCCUCCACACUAAAGGAGAGCGGGGGUAUGUGGCGUUUCUGGAGAGUCUAGAGUUUUACUACCCUGACCUAUACAAGCUGGUCACGGGGACGGAUCCCACACGACGCUUCUCCACCAUCGUAGUGGAGGAGGGUCAUGAGGGUCUGACCCACUUCCUCAUGAACGAAGUGAUGAAGCUGCAGCAGCAGUCCAAAGCCAAGACCCUGCAGCAUGUUGAACUCAGCAGGAAGAACUGCACCCUGGAGGACGAGCAGAAGAAACUAAGACUGGCCAAUCAGGAGCUUCAGGCCAUCCAACAGAGGUAUAACAAGUUGAGAGAAGAGAGAAACUCCUACAGUGACGAGCUGCUGAGAGUGAAGGAUGAAAACUACAAACUGGCCAUGAGGUACGCCACGCUGAGUGAGGAGAAGAACAUGGCCGUGAUGAGGAGCCGGGACCUGCAGCUAGAGAUAGAUCAGCUGAAGCACAGGCUGAACAAGUUGGAGGAAGAGUGUAAGAUGGAGAGGAGGCAAAGUCUCAAGCUGAAGAACGACAUUGAGAACCGACCAAAGAGAGAGCAGAUCUUUGAGCUGGAAAGAGAAAAUGAAAUGCUCAAAAUCAAAUUACAGGAGCUACAGUCCAUCAUACAGCCUGGCCCCCUACCUGCGUCAGACAAGGCCAUUCUUGACAUUUUGGAGCAUGACAGACAGGAAGCAUUAGAAGACAGACAGGAUCUGGUCAAUCGCCUCUACAACCUCCAUGAAGAAGUCAGACAGGCAGAGGAACUACGAGAUAAGUACCUGGAAGAGAAGGAGGAACUGGAGCUGAAGAGCUCCACUCUGCAGAAGGACUGUGAAAUGUAUCGCAACCGCAUAGACACCAUCGCCAUCCAGCUAGAGGAGGUGGAGAAGGAGAGGGACCAGGCAUUUCGCGCCAGAGACGAAGCCCAACACCAGUUCUCCCAGAGUCUCAUUGAUAAAGACAAAUAUCGCAAGCAGAUCAGAGAGAUGGAGGAGAAGAGUGAUGAACUCCAGAUUGAGAUUGUUCGGAAAGAGGCCAAGCUUGUCGCCUUGGAGUCACGCCUGCAGCGGCUGUCCAAGGACAUUGUUUCGGACCAGAGUUUGCCAAGGGACCUGCCUGUCACCAUCAUUUCCCUAGGGGAGGGGUUUAAACCCAUCCAGGGCCAAUCAGAAGGGUCCAGCGAUGAGUCGCCAGAGGAUAAGUUCUUAUCCGAGGAACCUCGUCUCAAACGCAGGCGCAACCUCAAACCAGGGAACAGAGUAAAGUCUCCACUCUGUGUACCCAAAGACUUUCACGUCAACUCAGAGGCCGCUCAACCAGCAGCUUCGUCUGUCAACGGAGGAGAUUGUCUAGGACUCCAGAUGCCAAACUCACACAACAGCCACUCCCUCCCUGCCUCCCCCAGCUUCCCAUUGUCCCCCAUAUAUUCACCCUCCACAGCUGCCCCGCUUGCCUCCUCCUUCUCCUCCUCCCCCUCUCCAAUUCCCUUCCCUGUAGCGGAACAGUCCAACAGACCAAUUAUGCUGCGUUAUCGUAACGACAGCAUCCUGUCCACUCUCCCCGAGCCACCGGAGAAAGCAUCGCUGUACCGCAGAGAGAGGGAGAAAGAACAUGACUUUCACCCCCGCAGCCUCUCAGACUUUGAUAGUGACAACAAUGAAAUGGAGUUUGACGAUGAAGUACAGCCUAGUCCACCUUCUAUCCACUCAUCUUCCUCAUCCCAUCAGUCUGAAGGGAUGGACACUUAUGACAUAGAGCAGGUCAACAAUAUCUUCAGGAAACUCUCUCUGGAGAGGCCGUUCCGUCCCUCUCUGUCCUCCUUCUCAAGGAUCAGCUCUUCCCUGAAGCCAGUGCAGGAACUGUCCUUGUUAGGGGACAACCUGUUGAAGGACAUCACGCUAGUUGGCGGCAACAACAGCGGCAUUUUCAUCUCAUCUGUGAAGUUGGGCUCUCAUGCUGAAAAGGUGGGGCUACGAGAAGGCCACCACCUCCUAUUGCUUGAGGGAUGCAUACGUGGGGAGAACCAAAGCAUUUCACUGGACACCAGCACUCAGGAAGAAGCUCACUGGACGCUGCAGCACUGCUCUGGACCAGUCAGGCUGCACUAUCGAGUCAACUAUGACUCCUUCCGUCGUCUUCAGAGGGACCUGUCGGAGGGCAUGCUGGCGUCUGGCGACUCCUUCUACAUACGGGUCAACCUCAACAUCUCCAGCCAAUCAGACAGCUGCUCUCUGAGCAUACGCUGCGAUGAGGUGGUACAUGUGCUGGAUACCAGGCACCAAGGCCGCUGUGAGUGGCUGUGUGCUCGUGUCGACCCCUACACUGGCUCCGACCUGGCCGACCGCGGAACCGUACCCAGCAACUCACGGGCCCAGCAGCUGCUCUUGGUAAAGAUUCAGAAGUUACUGUAUCGAGGGGGAAAGGAAGACAUUGAAAAUCACCGCAACAGUCGGCCAGAAGACGUGAGUCCCUCUCCUGAUCCUAAAGCCAGUCCACGCAUGUCUAGAGCCAGCAUCUUCCUCACUCAGAUACUACAGUUUGUCAGCAGGGUGGAUAUCAAGUACAAGCGAAUGAACAGCAGUGAACGUGUGAGGAUCAUCAACUCAGGCAGCACAACACUACCCAGACAAGGUUUUGAGACGCUUAGGCCAGAAGACGCUGCCGACCCAGACAGUGAGCUGAGCAGGAGUUUGAAUCUGAUUCCCUACAGUCCUGUCACCCCCCAGCGGACCCAGAGGAAAAGACCGGUCCUCUUCACUCCCACUGCUCUAGCCAAAACCAUUAUCCAGAAAAUACUCAACAUGGGGGGAGCCAUGGACUUCAAUAUCUGCAAACCAGACAUCUUGUCCAAAGAAGAGUUUCAUCUGAAACAGAAUGUGGAGCCCUUCAUUCACUACAAAGAGAAACACGCCACAUUUGAAUGCAUCACCCGUGAAAACAUAGAGGCUGUGGCCUCUAAGAACAAACACUGCCUACUUGAGGCUGAGCUGAGCUGCGUCAAAGACCUUCUGCGGAGAGAAAUCUACCCGAUCAUCAUCUACGUCAAGAUUUGUGAGAAAAAUAUCAAGAAGUUACGGAAGUUGCCUCUGCGUGUGGAGUCGGAGGAGGAGUUUGUGAGGUUGUGUCGGGCGAAAGAAAAGGAGCUGGAGAGCAUGCCAUGCCUCUAUGCCAGCCUGGAGCCAGAGGCCUGGGCAGGGACUGAUGACCUCAUCAAGGUCAUCAAAGACAGAAUUCUGGAGGAGCAGAAGAAGACAGUUUGGGUGGAGCAGGACCUGCUGUAGACAGACAGACAGACAGGCAGGCAGGCAGGCAGACACACACAUCUGAGUACCACAAUACACACCUUGUAGAUCAUGCUUUUAUGCAUAUUAUUAUAUUUAUGCUUGGACUGAAAGAUACACAUGUGGACACUGUUAUAGACCUAAAAUAAAUGCAUUAUUAUAUAUUAUGUAAAUGUGUGUCUCUACUUUGAGUCAAAGAAAUAAACAGAUCAAUAACAUGAAAAGGGGUCUUUUUUUUAAAACUUAAAAGUUCAGCACUGAAGACUGAUCCUGCUUAACUUUGACUGUACUGCCCCCAAGUGGAGAAUGUCUGUGGAAUGCCAUGUAAUCCAGUAUUGACUAAAUAAAUAAAUGUAUAAAUAAA